AUGGCCUCCAACGCCCCCGGCCCCAGCGCUGACCGCGUCUCCAAGACGGUACAUAGCGAAGCCACAGAUCCAUAUGCCACCAUGGGACAGUUCUCGUUCGCUCCAGCAACCAAGACUACCGUCGUAACGACAACGUACACCACCACCACCACUUUUCCACCACUAUGUGUAAACGCCCCCGGAAGCCUUAGCGAACGCGACCCCAAGGACUACCCGCUGGCCCAUGUAAAAGCACCAGAAUCAAUACGCAAGUUCUACUUUGAGUCCGGAGGCGAACUGGCUUGCUUUGAAGAAGCAAAUGCGGCAUCAGAAAAGGUGCGAGAGCAGAGAUCACUUCAUCAGAAUCUACAAUCUGCCAACGGCACACUUAAAAAGGUCGAGUCCUUUAACGGACCCCCGGUCUUCGCAUCACCUAGCCGCACGACGCGUCCCAAGAUACACGCACAUCAAAACCUUCGUUCCGUCUCCGGUCGCCGAAAACGAGAUAAUGCUGAUGAAUCGCCGCCGCCUCCAUCUAUAAAAAAGGCUGCUGAGCUGGCUGGCAUUCACCGUCACACCAAGAAGCCGAGACUCGAUCAGGACAUGGGUGAAGACGCCACACGCAUGGGCUCCCACUCUACACCAGACGACAAGGAGCAUCUUACUCUAGCCACUCCCGACACCGAUAUGGGGGGAUUGGGCUCGUCCAAAAUGCCGAAGCCAAGGAUACCCCACCUACAGAACACCAAGUUCAGAGCUGCAGCGCAACAAUGGCAGCUCCAGCAGUCGUUCGCCGGCCCUGCCCAUUCUGGGCCCAGCAAUUCCAACCACCGAGAGGCAUCGCCUGAGCCAUCAUUCCCCACCAGCGUUCUCGAUGGCCCGGGCGUGGCUGCCACUCCUCCGAUUGCCGAGUCUGACCUGGAGCCAGUCGGCCCUUUCGCCGACGACAGCUCCUUCUCUUCCUCACGACUGACCCCUCUUGACACAACUUCCGUACAAGAUGCCAGCUUACCAAGCCCCAGUCUGUCGCCCAUUACCGCUGCUGCCAACCUUGCCCAACAGACCACCGGUGGAGCAUCCUUCUCCGGCACGGAAUUGGACUACGAUGUCAACGACGUUUCAGGACUUGACCUCUCACAAAGCAACGCCGGCAGCUCACGUAUGGGAGACUUUGCUCUCUUUGGUGAAAAUACAGGCAGCUCUAAUGCACAGCUGCCUACCCCUUCCGUCAUGGAUAUACCAAAUAUGCUGAACUCGUUCGAUGCUUUGCCGGAACAGAUGAAGUCAUAUGUUCUGUACCAGAUGCUUAGGAGGUGCAAGAAACCCACCCUACAUUUCGUUGCCGAUGUAGUGAACCCUGCCCUCAAGCGCGACUUCAUCGCUUCCCUACCUACCGAGUUGAGUCUAGAGAUUAUCGGUUACCUGGAUGUCAAGAGCAUGUGCAGCGCCGCUCAGGUUUCAAAGUACUGGAGGAAGCUUACUGAUACCCAUGAGACUGCUUGGAAGGAUCUGCUCGACGCAGAUGGGUACAAGUUGCCGCAGGGCGAGUUGGAGCGUGCUGUACAAGAGGGCUGGGGAUGGCAAUACCCUCAUUCCCCAGACAGCUACGAGCGCGACCUCAGAGAACAAUCCAUCACUUCAAGAUCAGACAACGAAUCAUUACCAGGCUUUGCCAGUUCUAGCUUGUCCAACAGUCUACAAGACCAGGAGGGUGCAGUGACCCGAUCUUCUGCGACGCGCCUCAAGAGGAAGGCUACGAAUAAACACAGUAGCAAUGGGGGCAAGAAGCAACGUAAAAGCCGUCCUCCUACAAAGGCGUUGCUCGCAAUCCACCCGCGGGCUGCCGAAUCUCAGGAGGGACCCCAUGCCUUUGCCAGGCGUGCAGAAGCUGCCAUUUCCGAUCCUAAUGUGGGCUUGCCUGGCUUACGCGCCAUGCAUCUUUUCAAGUCGCUAUAUCAAAGACACCAUCUUAUUCGCAAGAGCUGGAUGGCAGGCGACACCAAACCAAAGCAUAUCGCCUUUCGCGCGCACCAGCGCCAUGUUGUGACUUGUCUUCAGUUUGAUACAGACAAAAUAUUGACUGGCAGUGAUGACACCAACAUAAAUGUCUACGACACCAAGACCGGAGCACUACGCAACCGUCUUGAAGGUCACGAAGGUGGUGUCUGGGCGCUCCAAUAUGAAGGAAAUACACUGGUAUCUGGCUCCACAGAUCGCUCAGUGAGAGUAUGGGAUAUCGAAAAGGGAAGAUGCACUCAAGUCUUCCAGGGACAUACAUCCACGGUUCGAUGCUUAGUGAUCCUCAAGCCGACGCAAAUUGGCGAGACUCUAGACGGUCAACCAAUCAUGAUGCCGAAAGAGGAGCUUAUCAUUACUGGCUCACGAGACUCUACCCUUCGUGUAUGGAAGCUUCCCAAGCUAGGCGAUCGAAGUGUCAUGCAGAUGGGAGCGUCAUCCAACGAUCAUGACAACCCGUACUUUAUACGCGCUCUAACCGGCCAUCAUCAUUCAGUGCGUGCCAUUGCUGCGCAUGGCGACACUCUUGUCAGUGGCAGCUACGACUGCACAGUUCGCGUGUGGAAAAUCUCGACUGGUGAGGUUCUGCAACGCCUUCAGGGCCAUUCUCAGAAGGUGUAUAGUGUGGUUCUCGACCAUGGGCGUAACCGCUGCAUCAGUGGUUCGAUGGACAACAUGGUCAAAGUCUGGUCUCUGGAAACUGGUGCUUGUUUGUUCACACUUGAGGGCCAUACUUCGCUCGUUGGCCUCCUUGAUUUGAGCCACGGACGCCUCGUGUCGGCAGCGGCUGACUCAACACUACGCAUCUGGGACCCGGAGAAUGGGCAAUGCAAGAGCAGAUUAUGUGCCCAUACGGGGGCCAUUACCUGCUUUCAGCAUGACGGCCAGAAGGUGAUUUCUGGCUCGGACCGGACGCUCAAGAUGUGGAAUGUGAAAACAGGCGAGUUUGUCAAAGACUUGUUGACCGACUUGAGCGGUGUGUGGCAGGUCAAGUUUAACGAACGUCGCUGUGUCGCUGCCGUUCAGCGACACAGCAUGACAUACAUCGAGGUUCUUGACUUUGGUGCUUCACGCGACGGGAUACCCGCCGAUCAGCGAGGACGACGUAUCGUCGUAAACUCUAGGGGCCAUGAAAUCGACGAUGUGCCUGAACUCGAUCCAGUGGAAGAAACCCAUAUUUAA